AUGGCCGACACGACCCAGGCUCCUAUGAACGGCGGCUACCCUGCGCAACACGCUUACCCCGACACCUUCACCCACGCCCCCGCAAACGUCAACAGCGCGGCCAGCUUCCAGCCUGCGCCCUCCUCUACUCCCUCGAAUGCCCCCGCAAAUGACCAGAAGAAUGGUAUUUCGAAGGAUGAGGUUGGCUGGUACUUCGUGGAGCAGUACUAUACCAACAUGAGCCGCAGUCCGGAGAAGCUUCACCUCUUCUACUCUCGGCGUUCUCAGCUCGUUUUCGGCACCGAAGCUGAAACCGUUCAGGUUGCUGUGGGCCAGAAGGCUAUCAAUGACAAGAUCAAGCAGCUUGACUUCCAAGACUGCAAGGUCCGUGUCUUGAACGUCGACUCUCAGGCCUCAUUCGAUAACAUCCUGAUCUCUGUGAUUGGCGAGAUUUCGAACCGGUCCGAGCCUUCCCGCAAGUUUGUGCAGACUUUCGUGCUGGCCGAACAGCCCAACGGUUACUAUGUCCUCAACGACAUCUUCCGGUACCUUGUCGAUGAGGAGGAGAUUGAGCAAGAAGAAGCUGCUCCUGCUGCCCCUGCUGCCCCGGUUGAGGAGCCGGCUGCUGAAGAGCCUGCACAGCCUGCAGCUGAGACUGUCCCGGAGCCCGAGAAGGCCCAGGUAGACAGUGAGCCUGCCGCGGCUAAGGUUGACGAGAAGCUCGAGGAGGCUGAGCAGACUGCUGAGGCCAAGCCUGCCCAGGAGGAAGCUCCCCAGACCAAUGGAACCGCAGCUGAGGAAACCCCUGUCGAAGCUGCCCCGGAAGCUGCUGCCCCGGUUGAGACUGAGGCCCCCAAGGCUGAGAAGCCCGCCACUCCUGAGCCCACCCCUGUGCCCGAGCAGAAGGAAGCUCCUGCUCCGGUCAAGGAGAGUGCUCCCGCCAGGGCGGUCCCUAAGACUUGGGCCAACAUCGCCUCCAAGUCCGGUGCCUCGGCCCCUGUUGUUCCCGCUGUUCCCGUUGCUCCGGUGAAGCCUGCUCCCGCUGCCAGCACUGCUCAGCCCACGGCUCCGGCCCCCGCCCCCGCCGCUGCUCCUGCUCCUGCUCCCGCGGCCGCUGCCGGCCCCGAAGCCGCGUCCAGCCAGCCUUCCUCGACUGAUGGUUCUGGCUGGCAGACUGCGGGCCAUGAUCACAAGAAGACCCAGUCCCGUGCGGGUGAGGAGAAUGUUCUCGCUUACAUCAAGAACGUCACCGAGAAGGUUGAUGCGAGCUUGCUCAAACAGACCCUGUCUCGCUUUGGCAAGCUGAAGCACUUCGAUGUGAGCCGUGCUAAGAACUGCGCCUUUGUCGAAUUCGGUGAUGCCGCUGGCUAUGCUGCCGCUGUCGCUGCCAACCCCCACCAGAUUGGAUCCGAGCAGAUCUACGUGGAGGAACGUCGCCCUCGUACCAAUGCUUUCGGUAACGGUAGCUACGGUGCGGGCCGCGGUGGCGCCGGUCGUGGUCGUGGUGACCGUGCUGGCAGCCAGGGUCGGGGAGGCUUCCAGCGCGAGGGUCGCGGAGGCUUUGCCCCCCGUGGCCGUGGCGGCAACGUCAACGCCAAGGGUCGCAACCAGGCCCAGGCUGCUUAA